AUUAUACUAAUGCUCCUAUUUAUAACAUUUUAUGAUGAAUCUAAUGAAAUUAAUUUGUUGUUAUAGGUGUUGAUAUAUUUUUCUAUAGACUUGGACUUCAGCUAAUUUGGAAACGGAGGGGAUAUGUGUUAAAAAUCCCAUGGAGUUGUAAAUUUUUUUACACCCCCACUUGAAGAUUCUUAUGCUGGCCAUAUUUUGCGAGGACGGUAUGGUCGAUGUUGUUCGCCGGGGUGGCGGGGCACGUACUGGUGGUGCAUCUUGUACAAGAGCAAGCGUGUCAGCUCAUGGCAUCCAAAUGAUGGAACUCAUAAAAUCCGAAUGCCUCAUUUGGGAAGAUGGACCAUGCAAGUGUCACGCCAAGGCGUCUCUCCUAUGGGAUAUUGUUGAUAAGAUGAAUGAGACACAGACUAAGAUUCGAUUAUUGUCACCCCUAUCACAUAUAGACACUCUAAGUAUGUGGGUUGGCCAGAGCAAGGCUAAAGCUGAAAAGAAUCAAUUGAUGAUGUCUUCUGACAACAAAAAUUCAUGCCAGCUCUGCAAACUGGAAAAGCUUACUUUUGAGCCUCCGUUGAUACAUUGCUCCCCUUGUGGUGCUCGGAUAAAGAGAAAUGCACCAUACUUUACUGUUAAUAAUGGUACUAUCCGCCACUUUUUGUGUACUCCAUGUUAUGAUGAGUCCCCUGGUGAUACCAUUGACGUUGAAGGACAUAAUAUUUUGAAGGCCCGAUUUGAGAAAAAAAGAAAUGAUGGAGAAACCGAAAAAUGGUGGGUUCAGUGCAACAUAUGUGAAUGCUGGCAGCAUCAGAUAUGUGCUCUGUUUAAUGGCAGAAGCAAUGAUGGAGGACAUGCACCGUAUGCUUGCCCGUAUUUUUCGCGAAAACACAAAAGGCAGUAUACUUGCCAGUAUUGCCGCAUCAAAGAAGUGGAACGUGGCUUCCGCAUGCCUUUACCACAGAGUGCCGUUCUUGGGGCAACUGAUCUACCAAGAACUGUGCUUAGCGAUCAUCUAGAAGAACGGCUUUAUAAACGGCUUAAGCUGGAGAGACUGGCUCGGGCAUCUCAGUCAGGACAUAGUUUUGACGAGGUUGCUGGGGCAGAAGAUCUUGUGGUCAGAGUUGUUUCAUCAGUGGAUAUGAAGGUUGAAGUUAAACCAUGUUUUUUGGAAAUUUUUCAAGAAGAUAAUUACCCGGCAGAGUUUCCAUACAAGUCCAAAGCUGUUCUUUUGUUCCAGAAAAUAGAAGGUGUAGAAGUGUGCUUAUUUGGAAUGUAUGUUCAAGAAUUUGGUGCUGAAUGUGCUUAUCCGAACCAACGUUGUGUUUAUUUGUCAUACCUGGAUUCUGUGAAAUACUUCAGACCUGAGAUUAAAGCAGCCACCGGAGAGGCCUUACGCAAGUUUGUCUACCAUGAAAUUCUGAUAGGGUAUCUUGAAUAUUGCAAGCUGCGUGGAUUCACAAGCUGUUACAUAUGGGCUUGCCCACCUUUGAAUGGUGAAGAUUACAUUUUAUAUUGCCGUCCUGAGAUUCGGAAGACUGCAAAAUCUGGCAAAUUACGGGAGUGGUACCUAGCUAUGCUCCGAAAAGCUAUUAAGGAAGAGAUUGUUCUUGAGGUUUCAAAUCUGUAUGACUAUUUCUUCAUUACUAUGGGGGAGUGCAAGGCUAAAGUUACCGCUUCCCGUUUACCUUACUUCGAUGGAGAUUACUGGCCAGGAGCUGCUGAAGAUAUGAUCAGUCAACUUCGUCAAGAAGAAGAUGACCGAAAGCUUCAUAAGAAGAGUAAGACAAGUGGGAAUGCUUCCAAGGAUGCUAUGCUGAUGGAAAAGCUUGGGGGAACCAUUUAUCGAAUGAAGGAAGAUUUCAUUAUGGUCCAUUUGCAGUAUUCUUGCCGGCACUGUUGUAUCCUUAUGUCAUCUGGAAAACGUUGGGUGUGUCAUCAAUGCAGAAGUUUUUACAUCUGUGACAAGUAAGUCAAUGUAUUGAGCCAUAUGACACCUGAUCUAUAUGUGAUCACAAUUGAGAUUGAAAGCAUCUGUAACAUGCCAACAUAUACUUGCCUCGAACGAACCAGGUGCCUAGGCACUCAUGUGACAAAAUGAUAUUUUAUAUAGCACUAGAUUAGUCUAGCACACAAAUUAUCGUGUCCUUUGCACAACUCUUGGUUGAAGGGGGCGGAAGAUCGUUGGUCGUUUUGUUGCAACAAAUCGUGUCCAUAUCAUCAAAAAACCUCCCAUGUCCCAAUAAAUUAGGAAAUGGAGAAGCUUAACAGAAGUUGUGCCAUUGACUUCUCCUUGCCAAUGUCCAGUGGCCAUAUCUCCUCUCCUCACCCUCCUUGAUCCUGUCAGGCCUCUUAUGGAGCGAUGCCAUCUCAUCAAGCAUGUGGCUUAGGCGGUGAUG